UUAAACACUUUUGUACCAAACCACACCUAUUUACUCUUGAACAAACACGUUUACUCAAAUUUACCGCGGAGUUAAGUGAGUUCGUAAAUCAAAAGACCAAUCCCAACGCACUGAAAAUGGGCAAGAGAUCGCAGAAGAACAGUGUGCUGAUGGUCUGUGUGGGCAACCUUUGCCGCUCCCCAAUUGCCGAGGCUGUGAUGCGUGACGUGGUCGCGAGGGCGGGACUGCAGGCGGAGUGGCACGUGGAGAGCGCCGGGAUCGAGGGAUGGCACUCCGGCCGCCGACCGGAUGAGCGGGCUCUGAACGUCCUGGCCAGGCACAACCUCGACUACUUUGGCACUGCGAGAGUUCUGGCCCCGGAGGACUACCUCAAGUUCGACUAUAUCUUCGGCAUGGAUCUGAGCAACCUAGCCGCCCUGAGGCGUAUGGCCCCCAAAGGCGCCACUGCCAAGUUGCUUCUCCUGGGGGACUUCGGUCUCAGGCCAGAUGAACGCAUCCUCGAGGAUCCCUAUUAUGACAUUGGCGAGGCACCAUUCGAGCAAAUUUACCGGCAGUGCAAAAUAGCGUGUAAGAAUUUCCUAAAGCAAGCGCGUUUAAAACAGAUAAUGUAAGGAGCGCCAGACACCCGCCUAAGGGUUAAGCCGUCCGACCGACCACAGCUGAUAAGCCGCGUUGCCAACUAACAGUUGAAGCCAGGGCUGCAACGUUCGGAACGCUCAUUUGCCAGCCGGUAAAAGAAAACAACACACAAAAUUGUCCGUGAAAUCCCCG